AUGGAAUAUAUGCAUGGCAUUAGUAGUAGCGGUGGUAUGGGGGCCGCCAUGGUCAAUUAUUUUGCCCGCAAAGGAGCACAAGUGGUGGUCAACGGCCGUAAUGGGGCUAAUGUUGCUAAAGUGGCCAACGAGUGCAAUAUCGCAUCACCUAAGAAGCUAAAAGCGUUGCAAAUCAUCGCCGAUGUGACCAAAGACGAUGACUGCCGUCGUAUCGUUGAGACAGUGGUCUGUCAUUUCGGACGCAUUGAUAUAUUGGUGAAUAACGCGGGCGCCGGAGCUUUUGGCAGUAUUUACGACCCGAAACUCAUGCAAACAUUUGAUCACAUGAUGAAACUGGAUGUCCGCUCUGUUGUACUAAUCACACAGUUAGCUGUACCGCAUUUGGAGCGCACUAAAGGAGUUAUAGUAAACAUAUCGAGUACAUUGUCCGUUAAACCGAAUGUGCAUUUCAUGCCAUACUGUUUGGCCAAAUGCGCUAUUGACAUGUUUACUAAGUGCAUCGCGCUCGAGUUGGGACCCAAAGGCAUCCGGGUCAAUAGUGUCAAUCCGACAGCUGUGCGGACAAACUUCCAGUCGGCCACCGGAGCCGGCGAUAUACUGGUGGGUGUGUUGAAGCACUUGGAAGAGACCAAUCCAUUGCGUCGGAUCGGCACCACUCAGGAUGUGGUCAAUGCUGUGGCCUUUUUGGCCUCUCAGGAGUCGGCGUUUGUCACCGGCACUCAUCUUAUGGUUGACGGAGCGUCCAUUCAUGUGUAGUACACAUAUCCAUACGAACAGCUACUUUACGCAGCCC